UGAUACUCAGGUCUGUUUGUCAGCUCACACUAUCUAGUAUCUCAGAGUCGAUUAAAAACCAAGCAAGGAUCCCACUUAUUGAGUGAGUUUGUUUUCAAAACAACAUGUUGCUGUUCCUUACCAUGCUCCUUCUUCACGCUGCUAAUUUGAAUGCUCAAGAUGAAUGUGAAGCAGAGGUUGUCGUCCAAGAUCCAAUCGCCCUGUAUCCUCUCGAUGCCGCUCAUGGAACCAAGGAAAUCCGAGACAGAUUAGGGGCUGGAGUUGCCAGUAAUGUUUAUCUUGCUCCCGGACCGGAUGGAAAUAUUGACAGCUCUUACGAAUUCCUCGGAACUAGUGCCAACUACAUUGAGUUCCCGAAUGGUGCAGGAUUAGAUGCCAAGAACUCCAUGACGAUGCUGUGUUGGUUGUUUCCGGGAGGCCAGGACGGUCCCCUCUUCAACUACAGGAAUACCGGAAGUUGGGGAGUCCAUCUCUGGGUUGUCGCCGGCAAACUUUUUGUACGCUUUACUAAAAGAGAUUAUUCAUUUACAAACGCCUUGCUACACACUGAACUGAAACCAGAGGAUGGAUGGAAGUUCGUUGGUGCUUCGUAUGACAGCUCAUCUGGCGACGCAAAAUUGUGGGUUGACGGGAACGAGGUCCAGAAAUUGAAUAUUGGUACAAAUCUUCUCCUAGCCACUCAGGAUAGUGUCAGAAUGGGAGUAAAAAUAGGAGACGGAAGGUUCUUCAAGGGAAGGAUUGCUCAGAUGCAGGUCUAUAAUGUAGCCUUAUCACAGGAGCAAAUACAGGCCAUACGAUCCAAAACUCAGGUUGCAGAAUGUCAAAAACCACUGGGAAUGGAAAGAGGUUUCAUCACUAACGCCCAAAUAACAGCUUCUUCUCAAUGGGACGCGAACCAUGCUGCAGUACAGGCGCGUUUGCACUUCAAGGCCGGCGGAGGAAAGCAGGGGGCUUGGUCAGCCCGUCCUAACAAUCAAAAUCAAUGGCUCAAAGUGGAUCUAGGCUACGAAAGCGACAUUAAGAUUAUAGGGACCCAAGGAAGGAACGUGUAUAAUCAGUGGGUGACUAGUUACAAGUUAGACUACAGCAAUGAUGACAGCUCCUUUCAGUAUUACAGAGAUCCAGGAAGCAACAUAGACAAGGUUUUUACAGCAAACAAAGACAGAGACACAGUUGUAUAUCACAAGCUAACCCUUCCCAGGAAGGUGCGUUACAUCCGGGUCAUUCCAUGGACUUGGCAUAACCACAUUUCAAUGAGGAUGGAGCUGUACGGAUGUUUAGGGUGCCACUCACCUCUCGGAAUGGAAAGUCGCGCCAUAUCCGAUGCUCAGAUAUCUGCUUCAUCUCAGUGGGAUGCCAACCACGCAGCCAUUCAAGGACGACUGAAUUUUCAAGCAGGAGGAGGAAAGCAAGGAGGGUGGUCUGCUAAAGCAAACAAUCAGAACCAAUGGCUUCAAGUAGAUCUUGGGAAGGUCAGAAAAGUGACACAUCUUGCAACGCAAGGAAGAAAUGGGAACUCCCAGUGGGUGAAAAGUUACAAGGUAGAAUUCAGCAACAAUGGCUCAACCUUUCAGUUUUACAAAGAGCAAGGCGCCGACAAAAUUUUUUCCGCCAACAACGACCGAGAUACCAUCGUGUACAACUUUCUGAGCUCGCCUAUAACGGCUCGCUAUGUCAGAAUUCAUCCUUGGACCUAUCAGAGCCAUAUCUCGAUGAGGAUGGAGAUCUACGGAUGUUGAGAGCAAUAGCAUGGGGCCAGUGUGCAAUCAGUGGUUCCAAAAAGGAGAUGAACAGUCUGUUAGGAUGAGCAUGUCUCGUUUGUCAGGUAGAAGGAAAACGAAAAGAAAAUUAAUAAAAUAU